GAGUAAGAGAAGGGGGCCUGGCCUGGCAUUGUAUUUAAUCAUGCCACGAGCUUUUUCUCGUCCUGUCUAGCGGAACCUCUGCUGUCCUGUCCCGUCUUAUCCUGUCCUCUCCCCCAGGUUUUCUCCCAAUCUGCUCGUCCCGGUGGUUUCUGGAGAAAGAAAAAAAGCGUUCGUCUGUUCGUGUGUUUCCCCCCUCCUCCUCCCCUUGGAGUCAGUCUGUGUGUCAUAAACAAGUCAACCCGUUUUGUCACUCGGCUCCGUGUAAGAGAGAAGAACCGAAACCGUUCCCCCGAACCCAAACAAGACCCGGCCGGGAUACCCUCCAACCCCUCCUCCCCCUCCAAGUCUACCUUCCUCCCCAAAAAGACAACAUCGCCAUGUUCGGCUCCAAAGAGAAGACGCCUCAGGCGAGCGAGGGCGAGGUCACGCCCACCAAUGGCUCCAAGACGGACCUCGAGACCGGCGAGACCGGCGGCCUUCACCGCACCCUCCACAGCCGUCACUUGCAGUUCAUCGCCAUCGGCGGCACCAUCGGCACCGGCCUCUUCCUCGGCAGCGGCAAGGCCAUCGCGACCUCGGGCCCCGUCGGCACCCUCAUCGCCUUCAUCUUCAUCGGCUCCAUCGUCUACUCCGUCAUGACGGCCCUCUGCGAGAUGGCCACCUACAUCCCCGUCCCCGGCGCCUUCACCUCGUACGCCUCGCGCUUCAUCGACCCGACCCUCGGCUUCGCCAUGGGCUGGAUGUACUGGUUCAGCUGGAGCAUCACCUUCGCCCUCGAGCUGACGGCCGCCGGCGUCAUCAUCCAGUACUGGAACGACUCCCUCAGCAUCGCCAUCUUCAUCACCGUCUUCUGGGUCGUCUUCACCGCCCUCAACUUCAUGCCCAUCCGCAUGUUCGGCGAGGUCGAGAUGUGGUUCGCCAGCAUCAAGGUCGUCACCAUCGUCGGCUUCAUCAUCUUCGCCAUCUGCGUCAACGCCGGCGUCGGCCAGCAGGGCUACCUCGGCUUCAAGUACUGGGUCGACCCGGGCCCCUUCAACGCCUCCAUCGUCGAGGGCUCCGUCGGCAAGUUCAUCGGCUUCUGGUCCGUCCUCAUCACCGCCGGCUUCAGCUUCCAGGGCGCCGAGCUCGUCGGCAUCGGCGCCGGCGAGACCAAGGACCCCGAGAAGAGCGUGCCGAGCGCCGUCCGCUGGACCUUCUGGGGCAUCUUCUCCCUCUUCGUCGCCACCAUCUUUUUCGUUGGCCUGCUCGUGCCCUCCAACGACCCGUCGCUGCUGCUCGACUCCCAGGACGCCUCGGCCUCGCCCCUCGUCAUCGCCGCCAACCUCGCCGGCGUCCGCGUGCUGCCGGACAUCAUCAACGCCGUGCUGCUGACGGCCGUCCUCUCGGCCGCCAACUCCAACGUCUACUCGGGCUCCCGCAUCCUCGUCUCGCUCGCCAACGAGCGCUGCGCCCCGCAGUUCAUGACCUGGACCAACAAGUUCGGCACCCCCUACAUGGCCGUCGCCACCACCUCGGCCGUCGGCCUGCUCGCCUACAUGAACCUGUCCGAGAACGGCGGCGUCGUCUUUGACUGGCUGCUCAACGUCACCGCCGUCGCCGGCUUCAUCAGCUGGUCGUGCAUCAACAUCUGCCACCUGCGCUUCAUGGCCGCCCUCCGCGCUCAGAACAUCCCCCGCAGCACCCUGCCCUACACCGCGCCCCUGCAGCCCUACCUUUCGUGGUACGGCCUCUUCUUCAACAUCCUCAUCAUCCUGACCAACGGCUUUGCCGUCUUCAUCGAGUGGAGCACCAGCGACUUCUUCACCGCCUACGUCAGCGUCAUGCUCUUCGUCGUGCUCCUGGUCGGCCACAAGCUCCUCAACCGCUCCUGGCCCCUCAAGGCCAUCGACGCUGAUGUUACGAGCGGUACCCUACGAGCUCGUUCAUGAUUUGAAAAGGGGUCGGUCGGGUCGAGAGUACGAUAUGAGUUUGGAGGGAAAAAAAGAAUUGUGUGAAUACGGGUGAAGGACGAAAAAAAAAAGUUUUAAUACGAUGUAAUCGAUGUACCACUAGUAGAGCAAAGUUGUAAUGAUGAUACCCAUGAGUUCAACGGUUUCGCAGCAGAAGAUCCCGUGCGUGAUGUUUGUACCCGGGCUCAUUCCCUC